GUCCCGGGCGGCGGCGGCCCUCCCUGGCCGCGGCCCCUGACGCGCGCGGUCCCUCAGGCGGCGGCGGGCGCCGGGGCGGCGCGAGGAUGGGCACGCAGGGCAGCCCGGUGAAGAGCUACGACUACCUGCUCAAGUUCCUGCUGGUGGGCGACAGCGACGUGGGCAAGGGCGAGAUCCUGGAGAGCCUGCAGGACGGCGCGGCCGAGUCCCCGUACGCCUACAGCAAUGGGAUCGACUACAAGACGACCACCAUCCUGCUGGACGGCCGGCGUGUCAAGCUGGAGCUCUGGGACACGUCGGGCCAGGGCAGGUUCUGUACCAUCUUCAGGUCCUACUCCAGGGGCGCCCAGGGGAUCCUCCUGGUGUACGACAUCACCAACCGCUGGUCCUUCGACGGCAUCGACCGCUGGAUCAAGGAGAUCGAUGAGCAUGCGCCUGGGGUCCCUCGGAUCUUGGUUGGGAACCGGCUGCACCUGGCCUUCAAGCGGCAAGUCCCAACGGAGCAGGCGCGCGCCUACGCGGAGAAGAACUGUAUGACCUUCUUUGAGGUCAGCCCCCUGUGCAACUUCAACGUCAUCGAGUCUUUCACGGAGCUGUCUCGCAUCGUGCUCAUGCGGCACGGCAUGGAGAAGAUCUGGAGGCCCAAUCGAGUGUUCAGCUUGCAGGACCUCUGCUGCCGUGCCAUCGUGUCCUGCACCCCCGUGCACCUCAUCGACAAGCUCCCGCUGCCGGUCACCAUCAAGAGCCACCUCAAGUCCUUCUCCAUGGCCAACGGCAUGAACGCUGUCAUGAUGCACGGCCGCUCCUACUCCCUGGCCAGCGGGGCUGGAGGUGGCAGCAGCAAGGGCAACAGCCUCAAGAGGUCCAAGUCCAUCCGCCCCCCCCAGAGCCCACCCCAGAACUGCUCGAGGAGCAACUGCAAGAUCUCCUAGCAGACCCUGGCUGGGCACUGCCCUGUACAGACUCGGAGGGCUCGCGGGGGAUGUCCCUGGCCAGACGCCAGGCCAGGCUGCGUGCAGGGAAGACUCGGCCACAUGGCCCUGCCUAGGAAGCCUGGGUUUUCCUCCACACCUGAGCUGGGUGCAGGGGAGGAGCGUGCGCAGAGAGAGCGCGCCUCUUCAGCAGGCGGCGGAGAGCCUGCUGCGGGGCAGCUGGGCUGCUGGUGCUACGGGGAAUGUGUCCGAAACAAACCCAGGACUCCACAGGUGCCUGGGCUCCGGCGGGAGGGAGCCUGGCUCGCCUUUCUUAUUUAUAUAGAGAACAUUUCACCUGUUUUGUACAUUUUUAAGGGGCCUUCAGGGAAGCCUCGGUGCAGCCGUGUGGCAAGCUUGCCUCUGCGCGGCCUCGUCAGCCAAGGGGAUGAGCUUGAGACGGCUCGGGAAGGAGAUGGGAGGCGGUGAUGGGAAGGGAUGAGCCGUCAGAGCUGGAAUCCUCCUUCCAGCCCCAACUUGGGGUUGGGGCUGCCAGAGACCUGCAGGGAACAGCCAGGCGAGCGCACCCUCUGGGAGCGCCGGCAGCAGGCAGGGCGAGCUCCGGCCAGUCUGGACGUCGCCCUGUGCCGCACCAGGCCUGGGCAACUCGCUGCAGAGGGGCGAGGUGGGGUGUACUCAGGGGCCCCCAUCCUUGUCACUCCACGGGUCCCUCCCUACACGGGGGCUGAGCAGCUUCCCGCUGUGGUUCGAUACCUUGACGUCGAUGACGCAGCACUCAGCAUCUCUCCAGUGUGAAGACGCAGAGCUGUCAGUCCUUGCUGGGGCCUCCUGCAGCGUCUGGACCCCUGGGCACUUCCGUUCAGCCUUCUGUUCUUGGCAGCUUCUGUUCCCUGACCCUGGAUGUGUCCCUUAGUUGCUGCUUACCUGUCACAGCCCUUCUGCCUGUGAGAUCACACAUCACCGCAACCAUUCUGACCUAGUUUUUAAUGAUGCCGCCUGAACAGCCUCGUCCACGCUGUGGCUGGUGCUGGAGGCCACACUCUCCUCCAGGACCACCAGCCUCGCCUUUGCGCUGGAGGCCCAGGCACAGCAGGGCCUGGUCACUGUUCCUCUGAAAGCCAUCGACCCUUCCUCCACAGUGCUGCUCUGCCCCAGCGACCGAGGGCGGCGUCAGCUGUGCCUGUUCUCUCCUCCCUGGCUGCAUCGGCUCCACCCGGCCUGGUGACUCCGCUGCGGGUUGCACUGGUGCUCAACUCUACCUCCUGCCCUCGGGCUCCCUGGCCACAGGCAGGGCCAGCACGCAGAAGGAGCCCUCCGUGGGCCUGUGACUCCCCCUCACCGGGGAUUCUUCACAGCGUGUUUCUGAGACAGUCCUGCGGUUGGUGUCACCAGGGCUCCAGUGUACUCGCAGCCCCAGGGCCUGCUGUUCCAGGAGCCGAGGGCUGUGGCCCACGUGAGCUGCCGGAUGACCAGGGGAGCCCAGCCAGACGGCCCCUGCAGCAGCCAUUGGGGACCCGGGCCCCAGGCCUGGCCACCACCAGGGCUGGGCAGAGGCAGCCUGGCCCAUCUGUCUUGUUGCUGCCCACAGGGCCCCUUUCUCUGGAAUUGUGAACAAACCACAGGGACUUUGCGGGGUGGGCAGUCUGCGUUCACAACGUCAACACUACCCUUGCUGCUGUCUGACACUUGGGCCGUUCCUGGGUUCUUUGUGAACUGUUCUCGUCUCUUUGUACA